GCUAGCGGAGCGGUCGAGGAACUGCGGCGGGACCAGGGCGCAGCGGAGGGGCGACCUUUGCGCAGGGCGGGGCCGGGACCGGCCGGGUCCCUGGCACCCCCCUCCCUCCGCCCGCCCAGACGCGCCACUGCAGAAGAGACGGGCGCCCAGGAGGCCGCGCCGAGGCCGCGCCGGGGUACAGGCGCCGCUGCUAUGGACAUCCCGCCGCUUGCCGGCAAGAUCGCCGCUCUCUCGCUCGGCGCCCUCCCCUUGUCCUAUGCGCUCAACUACGUCUCGGCGCUCUCGCACCCCCUGGGGGUGGCAUUGAUGAGUGCCCUGAUCCUGGGUCUGCUUUUCAUGGCUAUCUACAACUUGUCUCCUGGUGAUAUCUACUAUGACCCACUCUAUGCUGUGUUCACUAUCUUCGCCUUCACCUCGGUGGUGGACCUCCUUAUUGCUCUCCAGGAAGAUGGCUACAUGGUGGGCUUCAUGGAGUUCAUUACCAAGGAGGGAGAGCCAUACUUGCGCACUGCCCAUGGAGUCUUCAUCUGCUACUGGGAUGGCACCGUUCACUACCUCCUCUACCUGGCCAUGGCUGGUGCCAUCCACAGAAGGAAGAGAUACCGGAACCUUGGACUGUACUGGCUGGGAUCUUUCAUCAUGAGCAUCCUGGUAUUUCUUCCAGGAAACAUCCUUGGGAAAUACAGCUCAGAGAUCAGACCUGCCUUCUUCCUGGCAAUCCCCUAUAUGCUUGUCCCAUGCUGGGCUGGCAUGAGGGUCUUCAGCCAGUCCCGGGCACCAACCAGCUGUAUCCCUCACAUGGUACAGGAGGAGCAAAGAAAGGGCCUCCUGCGACGCCCGGUUGACCUGGUCCUUGUCAUAUACCUCACCCUUGCUGGGUUCUUCACCCUCUUCCGGGGCCUGGUGGUGCUUGACUGCCCCACAGAUGCCUGCUUUAUCUACAUCUAUCAGUAUGAGCCAUACCUACGGGACCCCGUGGCCUAUCCGAAGGUGCAGAUGCUGGUGUAUAUGUUCUAUGUGCUGCCCUUCUAUGGCCUGGCUGUCUAUGCCCUCAUUGUCCCUGGCUGUUCUUGGCUGCCUGACUGGGCCUUGGUGUUUGCUGGAGCUGUUGGCCAGGCACAGUUCUCGCACAUGGGUGCCUCCAUGCACCUGCGCACGCCCUUCACCUACCGUGUGCCUGAUGACGCCUGGGCCUGCUUCUUCGGGUGCAACCUGCUGUAUGCGCUGGGCCCCCACCUGCUGGCCUUCCGCUGCCUUCAGUGGCCCGCCUUCUUCCUGCGCCCUCCCCCUGGCCCCCCGGCCCACCACAAGAAGCAGCACUGAGAGGGCUGGGGACUCCCCAGGACUCUGUUUACAUGCCUA